AGUCAAACCAGCCAAUCACAUCCCAGCGUUGAAGGAGAGUCCCUCAGCAGCUCGUGCUGACAGCUGCUGCUCCAGGAACAGGAAAAUAACUCCUCCAGACCUCGAUCCUUGGUCUCUGUGAGGCUGCAGGGGGACAUGAACAGCGUCGGGGAGGCCUGCACGGACCUGAAGCGGGACUACGACCAGUGCUUCAACCGCUGGUUCGCAGAGAAGUUCCUGAAGGGGGACCGGAGCGGGGACCCGUGCACCGAGACCUUCAAGAUGUACCAGCGCUGCGUGCAGAAGGCCAUCAAGGACAAGGAGAUCCCCAUCGACGGGGUGGACUUCAUGGGCCCCAACAAGGACAAGCCUGAGAGCUGAUGGAGGGCUGAUGGAAGAGGAGGAGGAGAAUUAUAAAGUCUGGCAUCAACACUGACCCUGCUGUGUCCACAAGGCCCACUGAGCAUGCGCAGAGGCAGGCUGCAGCUGAAGACCAGAGGGUCUCUCUGAGUGUAAACACAGACCUGAUCUCAGGAGGGGAGACCUGCAGAGUUCUCUUUCUUCAUGUCCUCUUCCUGUUGGACUGUGAGCUGCUGCAGUCACAUGAUGAUCGACUAUAGAGCGCGAAUAUCAUCGAUUAACCGGUCCAGAGGUUUAAGUUCUAUGUGCAGGAUGCAGCUUCACUGAUGCUCUGUCUGUUUGAUAUCAUGUCAUCUUUACUUUAUGGAUAUUAAAGAUUGUAACUGAGGACGAAGAUGAUGUAUUGUUCAAUAAAAAAGGAAAUGUGACACUUUG